CUACUUUCCAUCUAUUGGGAACAACAGUUCUUUUUCACGAGGGCUUCUAAUUUGACAUUUCGGGCUAUGUGAAAGGUAACGGUGCAUGAAGAUGUUUACUGUGGUGUGCUUGCAGUCUGCAUUAUUUCGUAUGCUUACGCCUCCUCCACUAUUGAGUGACCGAUCUGUUUUUGUAAAGAUUUGAUAAACUAUAGCCAGUAUGUUGGCUCGUGGAAAAUGUUAAAACGAUGUAAUAUAAAUGUUCAUGAGACUGGCAUAAUUCUACUACUGGUAUUAUGAAUUCGGUUACUGAGUGCGCUGAAGGCGAGAGUUGCGCUUCAUCACUCUUCGAUAUAUUUUGUUUACAUAUUGGCUAAGAUAUUUCUGGCAAAUGAUUUAUUUUAAUAUUUUAAAAGCAUGAAAUUUCUAAGCGAGAUUUGUAUUAACCUGGCAAAAUGACAUACAUGUUUGUCGAUGUGACGUCAAAAUAAUCGAUCCGAUCCGGGGAACAGUGGUUAUAUUUCUCUCUCCGCCAUAUUUGCCGAUAUAAUAAUCAAAAGUGGUGAAUUUUGCGGUUAGGACACUCAUACAGUGGUGGUGUUGAACCCCAGUGCAUGGACCCCUACAUUGGACUGUAUUUAUUAUGGAGGCGGCCAUGGUAGCACUCGAGGGCAACGGCGGCCCAGCGGGCUACUCACGGCCGCUAAUCAAUCGUUCUACUCCCCAUUCCAGAUCGUUUCCAAAACUGUCGGAGGAGGACAAUGUUACAGGCGAUAAUGGCAUGGCGGCAGAAGAUUAUGAGUGUGGUGAACGAGUGGUGAUAAAUGUAAGUGGUUUACGUUUUGAAACCCAGUUAAAAACUCUGAAUCAGUUUCCUCACACAUUGCUGGGAAACCCAACAAAAAGGAACAGAUACUAUGACUCCCUUCGGAAUGAAUAUUUCUUUGACAGGAACAGACCCAGUUUUGAUGCAAUUCUUUAUUUUUACCAAAGUGGGGGCAGGUUACGUCGGCCUGUCAACGUACCCCUGGAUGUGUUUUCUGAAGAAAUUAAAUUUUAUGAACUAGGCGAUGCGGCAUUCGAAAAAUUUCGUGAAGAUGAAGGUUACAUUAAAGAGGAAGAAGUUCCACUUCCUCAUAAUGAGUUCCAGAGACGUAUGUGGCUUUUAUUUGAAUAUCCAGAAAGUUCUACGGCUGCCAGAGUUAUUGCGAUUUUAUCAGUUGUGGUGAUUUUGUUGUCAAUUGUGAUAUUUUGCCUUGAAACAUUACCAGAAUUCAAGCAUUACAGAGUUGUAAAUACGACGCAUAAUGGUUCCGAGUCGAUAGAAGAGGAUGAUAUUCCAAAAUUCAAUGAACCGUUCUUUAUAAUAGAGACAUGUUGUAUCAUUUGGUUCACCUUUGAACUGAUGGUUAGAUUUGCAUCUUCCCCAAGUAAAAUGGUGUUUUUCAAAACCAUUAUGAAUGUAAUUGACAUAGUAGCUAUCAUUCCAUAUUUUAUUACUCUCGGCACUGUGAUUGCUGACGAAAGCAAAAGUAACAGUCAGGCUAUGUCGUUAGCCAUUUUAAGGGUGAUCAGACUUGUACGUGUGUUUCGAAUAUUCAAAUUAUCUAGGCAUUCAAAAGGACUUCAAAUAUUAGGUCAGACUCUUCGAGCCAGUAUGCGAGAGCUGGGAUUACUCAUAUUUUUUCUCUUCAUUGGAGUUAUUCUGUUCUCCAGUGCUGUGUAUUUCGCGGAAGCAGACGCGGAACAGUCUCAUUUUAAGAGUAUUCCAGAUGCGUUUUGGUGGGCUGUUGUUACUAUGACUACUGUGGGGUACGGUGAUAUGCGGCCAAUCGGAGUGUGGGGAAAAUUAGUCGGAUCUUUAUGUGCAAUAGCCGGUGUAUUGACUAUUGCACUUCCAGUUCCUGUUAUUGUCUCGAACUUUAAUUAUUUCUACCACCGAGAAGCGGAAAAUGAGGACAAUAAAAAUUACCAUCAUGUUCAGUCAUGUCCGAACUUUGAGCGGAAGAAAAGUACAACAGACUCUGAGUGUGGUUCGGAUAUUAUGGAAAUUGAGGAAGGAAACAGUUUGCAUUUAUGUGAUAAACCAAAAGAAAAUCAUGCCAACAAAAUUAAUAAUCCUGCUAGCAUCAAUAACUUAAGUAUUGAAACGGAUGUCUGAUAUAGGACCUUGUAAAAGUAACAACCUUUCAUUUUUACUCGAAUGCUAAGUGUGCAUGUAGUAUUUUAAAACAUGUACCGGUAUACAUGUAUGUACUGAAACCUUGCCAUGACAUAAAGCCUGUGUUUCUAAACUAGCCUGGACGUUAAUUAUAUAUGGAUUAGGUUUUAGAUCUUGCCAAUUAUUCAACCAAACAUACCAUUCAUUACAAACAAAACCUACAGUAGAGAUAUCCAAGAAAAACAUUAGUCAAGGUGGCCAUGAUACUAUUUAUAGAAUCUUAAAAACCCUUAAUGCAAAAAUCACAAGGUGCAAAGAUUGGACGUGAUGUGGUGAGCAUGUCAGUUGUAAAUGUUUUGUUACAAUCCAAAGCUAACCUCAUUUUAAACUGUUUAAAAAGAACAAUGCGAUUGAAGGAGUGGAUCUGCUUUCUACGAGUAGUGUCUUGAGUGUGGCAACGGUAACUUUCUUCGUUUUUUUGUUUUAAUUUUUAAAAAGAAUGCGUAGAUGACUUUGUUAAAUUCCUUCCUUGUGUCUGUUUACAUGCAUGAUAUUAUUCAAAGAAUCCAUGGUAACAUGUGUGUUCCUUAUUUCAUCUGAAGUGCUUUCAACCAACGACUGUGGUUUACAAUUGUUAUUAAUUAAUUAAUUAAUUACUAAGGGCUGUUAAUGAUUACAACUCUUCAUUAUAUAAGUAAUUUGUGAUAAGAAUAAAAUUCAAAAUAUGAAAAGGAGGAUUGUGUGUACCGAUACCGUUACGGUUGGCUGAUAUUAAGUUGAUAUGGGUACGGUACUGUGUGUGGCACUGUCGACUGAUGUUGCGGGCAAAGUGUGGGGUGUUGCUGCUUCAUAUUAGAUGAAUAUACGGUGUGACUCCACGGUCUGCUAAUAUUAAUUGGAUUGUGGGUAAUAACUGUUUAAACGAAGGCACUGAUACCAGCUCAGUCAAUACAUUCUAUGCAUCUGUUUAAUCUGAAGCGAACAAGUUUUGUGUUUAGUUCGAUAUGACUUGUAUAAUUAUACGUAAUACUGGAAUAAUUCUACUGGUUCACUUGUGUUUAUGUUGGUGAUUGCUCUCUACCUGAUGGCUGUGGUACUGUCUUGUCAGUCCAUGGCACCAGAAUGCAGAAGACGAAAGUCAAGCUACAUGGUACAAGCAGGGACUUCCAUAAUGACACAAGACUGAACGAACCUCUUACUCAUCUUCUCAAUGAAUCAUCUACAACAACAAGAAACAACGGUUAACAAAUCUGACUUCUCUCCCAAUCGUGGUGGCCAUCUUACAACACCAGCUCCACCAUCUUUAAUCUGAUGACAUAGAUCCGAAUUUUAUUGACUUCCCUCCAUUUGAUAAAUGAUCCUCCGACUUGUUAAAUUCAGAUAAACGGUCCACAGACUCUGAAAGUUUUAGAUAUGCCGAUGAUUAGCGGCUUUCACUCCAGAUACGAGGAAGAUUAAAAUACCAUCGACUAGAUUAAUAGCCUUGAUGAAAAGGCAUCUACACGUUUAUUAGUCAUAGUGUGAUAAGCUGUGUGUGGAAAUAAAAUUCAUUACGUCUCUUGUGGAGAGAGGUGCUGGAUGUAGAGCAUGUAUUCCAGUGGAAAGAAAAUGUUCUAAAAGAGAAAAAAAAAACGUGUGUAGACAAACAUGCAAAAACCAAACAAAAAUCCUUGAUUGGAAUUAAAACUUAAGCCUUAGGAAAGAUAUUCUGAAAGUAUUAAUCAAAAUAAAUUGUUAUUAAUUCUUCUCUGCAUGGACGUGCGUAAUCAUGUAAAAUAGUCAGAAAGUUGAAUUAUUUUAAGUCAAGUUUGUUUCCACUACUCUAGAUACAACCAAUGGUUGUUGAUCCUGUUGUCGUGUUCGUCGCCAUCGUCGUCGUGGUCGUCACGGUGAUACAUCAACCAACCAGAUAUAGUGUUGUUUGUUUUUUAUGCAAUUUUAAUCUCGCUGUAAUUAAUGACUCAGGGGUUUAUAUAGUGAUGUUUCUCUCUGUGUACAAAAAAAGUAUUUUGGUUGAUAUGGCAACUUGAUUCCUCCUGUGUUCAAUUUGCUAAUAAAAAAAGUGAAUAGGGUCAGUCUGUCUGUUCCCAAAUUGUGAAUGAAAUGUAAAUUUAGGGUCACCGGAAAACCAGCGGUUACGUGCCCUUUGUUGCCGGUGUUCAUGCUAUUCUGGGAAUAAUUCUGCUGUCGAUGUAAAAAUGAAACGUAAGAAUGAUUCUUCUCAAGAUGCAGAUCUUCUCUUCUUCAAUUUCAAGUCUUUUUAUCACGUUUUAGUGCAAUAGUUCAAAAUUACGAAACAGUGAAUGUUUUUAAUUCAUGUUUUAUUAUUAUUAUUAAUAUUAUUCUUAUUAUUAUCCAUUUUUAUUGAAUUUAAAAGUUUAUAAAUGUUAGUUUGGGAUGGAAAACGAUAGCAAUGGGAAGUAUGGGUUUUGUAGGCCAAGUAAUAAUUGAAUAGAAACAGCUAAUUAGAGCCAGAGAAAUGUUACAUGGAGUGAAAAUAAGCAGACGUGGAUAUCUGUGUUGAAAAGAUGAAUCAUAGAGACAAGUUGCCAGUAUAAUGGAUUAAGUGAAUUGCAAUACCAGUACCAACAUACAUAACAAACGUCACUGUUUUACAACCACUGAUAUUUAUUUCCCACAAUGCAAUGGUGGUACAAGCAUCCUGUAAUAAGAAGUAAAUAUAAUAAAUAGAAAGUAGAGAAGUUUUAAUUCAUAAACUGCAUACCUUAUUAUCUCUUAAUAUUUAGGAGAUAUUUGUUAGAUUAUAUGUGCGUUGA